CGAUCGGAGUGCUCAUGUAUCAUUCACUUUCUUCACCCGUCAGUGCUUGCCACAGAGUGCAUAAUGUUUUGUUUCACUUUUACUCUACAAUGACCCUAGAAAGUAAAGAACCUCUGCCGCGUCCGGCACCCUGGCGUCCCUUAUUCCAGGCAAAUUGCCCCAAAGGGAUGCCGGCUGAAUUCUCCUUGUCCACCGUUCAUCUCGAUCCCCUCACAAGGAAGGCAUAUCCACGGGUGCGGACGUGCAUGUUUCGCAACUUUUGGGCAGACAUGUUCCUUCACAGCUGCGCAAUGGAUGAGAUGAAGAAGUGCCAUAAGACUACCUCUUCCAAGGCUAUAACGCAGCCUAAUGACAGCUUUGCUACCGGAGCUGCCAUUGAUUACGAGAAUGAUGGCAUUGAAGGACAUGACAAGGACCCCUGCAAUUUUGGCCGCAACCUAGAUAAGGUUGUCAAUGAUGCGGUAUUUGAGAGUGACAUGUUCACAUUCACCACCGACGUGAGGAUGACCAAAGUCGGCGACCUCAUGGACCCCAAUGGUGGGCCCGGAGGAUACGUUGAGGGCGUUUUCUGGUUUAAACAGUCUUCAACCCAAUGGAGGGUGAAGGGCCAGGCGUUCAUUAUCGGUGGGAGCCAAGAGGAUGAAACCGAGAAAAUGGCUCGGGAGGAGAUCAAGCGCGGUAUGCGACUUCGCGAAGGCUACUCAGAUGAAAGAGCGUCAAGCUGGAGUUGGGAAAAGGAGAUUACGGCCCAGUUUGCGAAUUUGAGCCCUUUGAUGAGAGGUACUUUCAAGAACCCGCCGCCAGGAACCCCCAAGGCCAAUAAUGUACAAAACCCGGAUCUUAAGCAGGGCCAGAGGGUGUACGACCUUUACGACCCAGUAGCAAGAAGUAAUUUCCGCGUCGUCGUCAUUCGUCCGGAGGAAGUCGAGAUGGUUGAUCUCUCUAACCCUGAAGCUGCAAAAAGGACGAGGUGGUUAUUGCUGAGCAGGGGCAAUGGCCAGGGAAUGGAGUGGAAAAUGGAAGAGUUAUGGCCAUGA